ACAAGGGUUGUUGAGAGGGAGGUCGUCCACGCGAUAGAGAUUAUCCCAGGGUCAAGCAUCCCAAAAGGGUAUGAUCUAUCGGAUGUCUCCAGGCAAGCUUGACGAGCUUCGCCGGCAACAUCGAUGUGCAUUGACUAUAGGGGCCUCAAUGCCAUCACUGUCAAGAACCAAGAGCCCCUACCGUGCAUCCAUGACUUGCUAGAUAAAGUGCAAGGGUGUCGGUACUUCAGUAAGAUAGAUCUGAAGUCCGGGUACCAUCCGAUUGCAAUUUGGUCUGAGGAUCAACACAAAACCGCAUUUCAGACCAGGUACGGUCUAUACGAGUUUGUGGUGAUGCAUUUUGGCCUGUGCAAUGCUCCUGGCACCUUUCAACACGCUAUGAAUCAGAUAUUGCAUGACUACUUGGAUAAGUUUGUCAUCGUGUACCUCGAUGACAUACUUAUUUUUAGUAAGACUGUCGAGGAGCACGUUGUGCAUUUGGACAAAGUCCUUAACCUUCUUCGACAGCACAAGUUCAAGAUCAACGGUGAGAAGUGCGAGUUCGGCCGCACCCGUGACUUGUAUUUGAGUCAUGAGAUUUCCGCGGAGGGAUUGAAGCCCGAUGACGCGAAGGUGGCCAACAUUCGUGACUGGCCGUGUCCUCAAUAUGUGACUGAGAUGAGGUCUUUCUUAGGGAUGACCGGCUACUAUCGCAACUUCGUGAAGAACUAUAGCAUACUUGCCGCCCCUUUGACUGACCUGACACGCCUUGACACCCCAUGGGAGUGGACAGACAGAUGCGAGGCUGCUUUCAGACAUCUGAAGCAUGCGUUGACAAAUCAUGAGGUCUUGAAACUUCCUGAUGCUGACAAGCCAUUUAUAGUAACUACGGAUGCUAGUCAGUUUGACAUAGGCGCCGUGCUUGCACAACAGGAGGGAAAGAAGUUGAGGCUAGUGGAGUACAUGUCCAAGAAAAUGCCGUCUCAGAAGUUGGCCAAGUCCACCUAUGAGAAGGAACUCUAUGUGGUUUACAAGGCUCCGACCCAUUGGAGGCACUAUCUCCUUGGGAGGUUCUUCAUCCUCAGGACUGAUCAUCAGACCCUGAAAUGGAUGAGAACUCAGUCGGUGUUCUCUGACGCUCUGAAGCGUUGGAUCGAAGUCAUUGAGCAGUAUGGCUUUGACCCGCAGUAUCUGAAAGGGGAGUACAAUAAGGUUGGUGAUGCCUUGUCGCGUAGACCUGAUUUCUCAGGUGCGCUGAUUACUGAGUUCAAUCUUACGGACGAUGUUACUCGCUCUUUGGUGGAAGCCUAUCACGAGGACCAGUUCCUGUCUGAGAUCAUACGCAGACUUGAGGUGAAGAACAAGAAGACUUCUGUCGAGUUUGAGUUGGUCAACGACUUGCUGUUCCUUGAGAAGGCAGGGAAUAAACGAUUGUGUGUCCCAAAUAGAGAGUCUUUGCGUAGUUUAUUUUUAGGUGAGUAUCAUGAUGUCACCGACCAUUUUGGUUUCAAAAAGACUGCAGCCAACCUGCUGCAGCAGUUCUGGUGGCCCACGAUGAUGAGAGAUGCUAAGCUGUACGUGUAGAUUUGUCAGGUCUGUCAAAGAGACAAGCCCUGUACACAGGCACCUAUUGGGCUCCUUAAGCCCCUUCCGAUU